UUAAAAAAGAUCUGUCUGUGGAAAGGAAACGUCAAAGCAGCGAAAAGCGAAGAAAACUAUAGAAACCGGCGCGGAAUGGCUUCUGAUCCGGAAAAGUUUGAUAGCAUGCUGCUUGCUAUGGCCCAGCAGCAUGAAGGUGGUGUGAAAGAUUUGCUGAAUACAAUAGUAAGCUUCUUGUCAAGGAAGACAGAUUUCUUCACUGGAGGUAAAAAAGGAGAAUGGGAGCUAGUAGUAAAAGACACAUUCUACGCUCAUGCAAAGAAGGCACAGGAGGAAGCUGAUAGGAUUAAGAAGGAAAAAGAGGAGGCAGAUCAAAGACUUAAAGACAUCCAGCGGCGCAAAGAGCAGGAACGUUUGGCACAGGACUUCGAGCCUGCUAGUGUUACCGAAGUCACUGAAGAAGAAGCCACCAAGAUGCAGGAAGAUAUUGAUAAGGACAAAAAGACUAAAGCAGAAGUAGGCAGUGGCGAUGGUGGGGCCGAUGCGGAGGCCGACGGCCCGGCGGACGAGGAAGAAGACCCCAAGGAGAAAGGCAAGCUCAAGCCCAAUGCUGGCAACGGCUGCGAUCUAGAGAACUACCGGUGGACUCAGACGUUGGAGGAAGUUGAGUUGCGAGUGCCGCUGCGUCAAGUUCUCCGACCACGCGACCUGAACGUGGUAAUCAGCAAGCGACACCUCAAAGUGGGCAUCAAGGGCCAGCCGCCCAUCAUCGACGGUGACCUCGAUGCCGACGUCAAGAUUGAGGAGUCCACCUGGGUGCUGCAGGACGGGCGGACCCUACUUGUUAACUUAGAAAAGGUGAACAAAAUGAAUUGGUGGGGCAGGCUAGUUACUACCGACCCAGAAAUAUCUACUAGGAAAAUUAAUCCAGAGCCUUCGAAACUAUCGGACUUGGAUGGUGAGACGCGCGGCCUAGUCGAGAAGAUGAUGUACGAUCAAAGACAGAAAGAAAUGGGCCUGCCUACCAGCGACGAACAAAAGAAGCAGGAUGUUCUUAAAAAGUUCAUGGAACAACACCCGGAAAUGGAUUUCUCCAAGUGCAAGUUCAAUUAAAACAUAAGAUUUAUUGUGAAAUAUUACGUCAACUUUUAAGUUCAACGACACUUGCGUCUUUUAUUUUGUCUAGGUGCACGCAUGGAUUACUUUAUUGUAUGGCAAUAAGCAAUUCUAAUGUUGAUUUCGCUGGAUACAGAUAUUAUGUUUGUGCGAAUAUCAUAGAAUGGAAAUGCUACUACUACUACUUUUGUUAUUUUAAUUAGUAACUUACGGAGAGUACUUUAACCACAGCUUUAACAUCUAAGUUCUGUGUACUAAUUAUGAUUGCGUAAAUAAAUAUAUUUUUUAUUAAAUAUA